AUGCCGCCGAAGUUCGACCCCAACGAGAUCAAAGUCGUAUACCUGAGGUGCACCGGAGGUGAAGUCGGUGCCACUUCUGCCCUGGCCCCCAAGAUCGGCCCCCUGGGUCUGUCUCCAAAAAAGGUUGGUGAUGACAUUGCCAAGGCAACGGGUGACUGGAAGGGCCUGAGGAUUACAGUGAAACUGACCAUUCAGAACAGACAGGCCCAGAUUGAGGUGGUGCCUUCUGCCUCUGCCCUGAUCAUCAAAGCCCUCAAGGAACCACCAAGAGACAGAAAGAAACAGAAAAACAUCCACAGGAUUACUACCAGAAGGAUAGACACCUACGACCUGCUGUCAGAGCCCAUCAAGGUUAUCAAUACUCUGGCUGACCAUCAUCAUCGUGGGACUGACUUUGGUGGAAGUCCUUGGUUAGGUAUCAUUGAAUUUCCAACAAGUUAUAAAGUUGUCAUUACCCUCUGGACAGUUUACCUUUGGGUGUCUUUCCUGAAGACUAUCUUCCGGUCUCGAAAUGGACAUGAUGGAUCCACGGAUGUACAGCAGAGAGCCUGGAGGUCCAACCGCAGUAGACAGGAAGGAAUUAAAAUUGGCCUGGAAGACAUCUGUACUUUAUGGAAACAGGUGGAAACAAAAGUUCAAGCUAAAAUCCGUAAGAUGAAGGUCAUGAAGAAAGUCAACCAUCAUUACAAAAUCAAUGGAAAGAGGAAGACCGCCAAAAAACAGAAAAUGUUUCAACGUGCUCAAGAGUUGCGGCGGCGGGCAGAGGACUACCACAAAUGCAAAAUCCCCCCUUCUGCAAGAAAGCCUCUUUGCAACUGGGUCAGAAUGGCAGCAGCGGAGCAUCGUCAUUCUUCAGGAUUGCCCCACUGGCCCUACCUCACAGCUGAAACUUUAAAAAACAGGAUGGGCCACCAGCCACCUCCUCCAACUCAACAACAUUCUAUAACUGAUAACUCCCUGAGCCUCAAGACACCUUCCCAGUGUCCGCUCACUCCUCUUCCACCCUCAGCUCCAGCCUCAGCGGAUGAUAAGACACCUGCCGAGUUUCUGGUCUAUCCCCUUCCACCCUCAGUGGAUGAUAAUCUCGAAAUGCCUCUCGAGUGUCUCCUCACUCCUCUUCCACCCUCACCUCCACCCUCAGCUCCAGCCUCAGCGGAUGAUAAGACACCUGCCGAGUUUCUGGUCUAUCCCCUUCCACCCUCAGCGGAUGAUAAUCUCGAAACGCCUCUCGAGUGUCUCCUCACUCCUCUUCCACCCUCACCUCCACCCUCAGCUCCACCCUCAGCGGAUGAUAAUCUCAAGACACCUCCCUUAGCUACUCAGGAGGCUGAGGCAGAAAAACCACCGAAACCCGAGAGGCAGAGGGCCGCUGACGUGCAACCAUCAUCACCCGAACCCAAGAGGCGGAGGUUGAGUUAGCUUGGAACAGGCCAUUGCACUCAAGCCUGAGCAAUAAGAAUAAAACUGAGUAGAACAAAAUAAAAAAAUCAAAAAACAAAACAAAACCCACACUCCAAAAACAAACUAACAAAGAAUAAAUAAAUAAUA